GCCCCGCAGGCGCGGCGAGUCGAGCGUCGAGCGGGCCAGUGGGCAGCAAAGAGUGCCGAGCGGCCUCGCCCACUACCAACGGUCGGCCUCGCCGCUCACCCCCGCCCCCAGGCAGGUCUGAGGCGCAGGGAGCGGCUCUGCGGGGACCUGAAGAAACAGCAGGCAUCCUCCUCCCCCCGACUGCUUUUCUGCAAGAUGUUGGGAUUCUUGCAGCACCCUGUGGUGGUGACCGCUGAGGUGAACUUGAAUAUGGUAGCUCUGACCGCGGUGGGAUUGCUGAGCCGACUGUGGCAGCUUGCCUAUCCAAGGGCCGUGGUUUUUGAUGAAGUGUAUUACGGGCAGUACAUCUCUUUUUACAUGAAGCGGAUCUUCUUUUUGGAUGGCAGUGGACCACCGUUUGGCCACAUGCUUUUGGCCUUGGGAGGUUAUUUAGGAGGAUUUGAUGGUAACUUUCUGUGGAACAGAAUUGGAGCAGAAUACAGCAGCAACGUGCCCGUGUGGUCCCUGCGCCUGCUGCCGGCCCUCUCGGGGGCCCUGUCGGUGCCCAUGGCCUAUGAGAUCGUGUGGGAGCUUGGCUUCUCUCACUGUGCCGCCACGGGGGCCGCUCUGCUGAUGCUGAUCGAGAACGCCCUCAUCACUCAGUCAAGGUUAAUGCUUUUGGAAUCAGUGCUGAUAUUUUUCAAUCUGUUGGCUGUGCUGUCUUACCUGAAGUUCUCCAACUCCCAGAAAGACAGGCCCUUCUCCCCGAGAUGGUGGUUUUGGUUGGUGCUGUCGGGCAUGGCCUGCUCCUGCGCAGUUGGCAUCAAAUACGUGGGUGUGUUCACAUACUUGCUGGUGCUUGGGGUUGCCGCUGUCCACGCCUGGCACCUGAUAGGAGACCAGACGCUGUCAAACGUCCGUGUGCUCUGCCACCUGCUCGCCCGAGCGGUGGCCCUGGUGGUGCUCCCGGUCCUUGUGUACCUGCUGUUCUUCUACAUCCACCUGCUGCUGCUCUACCGCUCCGGGCCCCAUGACCAGAUCAUGUCCAGUGCCUUCCAGGCCAGCUUGGAGGGUGGGCUGGCAAGGGUCACGCAAGGCCAGCCUCUGGAGGUGGCCUUCGGUUCCCAGGUCACCCUGAAGAACGUCUUCGGCCAACCCGUGCCCUGCUGGCUUCACUCUCACCAGAGCACCUACCCUAUGAUAUAUGAGAACGGCCGUGGCAGCUCCCACCAGCAGCAGGUGACCUGCUACCCCUUCAAGGACGUCAACAACUGGUGGAUUGUCAAGGACCCCGGGAGGCAUCAGCUGGUGGUGAACAACCCCCCGAGGCCUGUGCGGCACGGCGACGUCGUGCAGCUGGUGCACGGCAUGACCACCCGCCUCCUCAACACGCACGAUGUUGCAGCCCCCCUGAGCCCCCACGCGCAGGAGGUUUCCUGCUACGUUGACUACAACAUCUCCAUGCCCCCCCAGAACCUCUGGCGGCUGGACAUUGUGAACAGGGAGUCGGACACGGAUGUCUGGAAGACCAUCUUGUCAGAGGUCCGCUUUGUGCAUGUGAACACCUCGGCCAUCCUCAAGCUGAGUGGAGUGCCUCUCCCAGACUGGGGCUUUCGGCAGCUGGAAGUGGUCGGGGAGAAGCUGUUUUGGGGCUACCAUGAAAGCACCGUGUGGAACGUGGAGGAGCACCGCUACGGCAGGAGCCAGGAGCAGAAGGAGAGGGAGCUGGAGCUGCACUCCCCAACCCAGGUGGACAUCAGCAGGAACCUCAGCUUCAUGGCCAGAUUCUCCGAGCUGCAGUGGCGGAUGCUGACGGUGAGAAGUGAUGAUUCAGAACACAAGUACAGUUCCACGCCGCUGGACUGGGUCAUGCUGGACACCAACAUCGCUUACUGGCUGCACCCCAGGACCAGUGCGCAGAUCCACCUGCUCGGAAACAUCGUGAUCUGGGCCUCGGCCAGCCUUGCCACCCUGGUGUACGCCCUGCUCUUCGUCUGGUACCUGCUCAGACGCAGAAGGAGAGUCUGCGACCUCCCCGAGGACCGCUGGCUGCGCUGGGUGCUGGCUGGGGCUCUGUGCGCCGGGGGCUGGGCCGUGAACUACCUGCCCUUCUUCCUGAUGGAGAAGACGCUCUUCCUCUACCACUACCUGCCGGCACUCACUUUCCAGAUCCUGCUGCUGCCCGUGGUCCUGGAGCACGUCGGCGACCACCUGUGCAGGUCCCAGCUCCAGAGGAGCCUCUUCACGGCCCUGGUCGUGGCCUGGUUCACCUCCGCCUGUCACGUGUCCAACAUGCUGCGCCCGCUGACCUACGGGGACAGGUCACUGUCACCCAGUGAGCUCAAGGCCCUUCGCUGGAAAGACAGCUGGGACAUCCUGAUCCGGAAAUACUAGCGGGACGCGGACUCACCGACAGGCAGCAGGGCUGGGUGCGGACAAGGUCUUGGACGGGCGUUUCCUGCGGGCAGGUGGAGCCGCUCUGAGCUUGGUGGAGACACGGACUUGGCUGGGAUUCUGCUCUGGUCUCGUUGAAGAAACGGCCCUCUGACAGGCACCUCGUUUUCAGCAAAGUCUGUUUUCCCUGAUCAUAAAGAGCACCUCCUCACUGCCGCCUUCUAAGAGCCCCGUGCGCUCACCGAGUGUGGAGCUGCUGGGUGGGACUCACCACCGCCGAGAAAAGGCAGGGAGGGGCUGGUUCUAGCAACCCAGGCAAGGCCCAGUCUUGCUCACAGAGGCUGGUGGUGGGCUCAACCCGGGCCCCUGCUCCUGCUGACCUAGUGAGGCCCUGGGAACUCCCCCUCAUGGUUCAGUGGCCCGUGAGCCCUGGAACACCAGCCCAAGGGGGGCUGGGGGAGGCCAGCCGUGACUCCUCUUGGUGAUCCCCAACCCCCACCUAGGGAGCCUGCUGAGGGGUGAGCUGUCAUCCACACAUUUCCUGGUCCUGAUUCUGCCCUUUUUAAUGUAAUUAAAAAGGGACAAACUGGCAUUCA